CCUGACUUUCUGUCCUCGCAGACCCAGUGUCCAGGAUUUCUAGCCGUCAUCCUCUCACGAGAGUCUUUCAGUGAGGAGUAUUUCUCUAGAACUGUUCUAAAGAACAGCUGAGCUUGAAAAUCUGACUCACUAUGAGGUCUUUUGUAUAUCAGUUUUUCAGUCUCUGUUCUUUGAGCUGAUGAUUUUUCACCCCUGUGGUACAGAGGCUUAGCUAAGCACAUGUACUGCUGCCACUUGUGCCUCUUGGAAUGUCACAUAUUUAGACAAGCCUUUCUCCCACAUUCUGAUAGUGGUACAGGUUACAUCUGCAGCACAUCAAGUAUGUUUAUUGUGCCUCACAGCAUGUCUAUCAAAUGGAAAGCCAGUGCUUUUAAUAUUUCAAUAAAUAAAAUGUAAUUUUAUUACAUUUAAAUUUUUAUGGUGAGCAAAUACACUAAAACAAUAUCAGGUGUUCAAACUAGACAGAUUGAGCCUUUUAAUGAGGUCCAUGUAGCUUAUAGUAUGAUACGUCAAUGUGGGACCGGAGAUGGUAAAGCAUAUGAUAAUCCGAUUCUCCACUGUACUAUUAUGCAAUAAAUAAUUCUGAGUACAUGUUGGAUCUGGUGACAUUUUUUACGGUUAUGAGACUAUAUUGUUUCUUUUCAUGCUACUAUACUGGACUUCUGAGAUCAGAGCAAUGUUAUUGUUAUUACCCUCAGUAAAUAAUUAACUAGCAAUUGGAUUUCCAUAAACGUUCAGUAAACAAUCCGGGAUUGGAUGACUUUGAUUUUCUGGCAUUUGGGGUACAAGCAGCUUCCAGUAGUUCCAACCAUUCAUUUAGCUACUGACAUUACCGAUUUAAUUUGGGUCAUGUACUCCUUGUUAAGUUAACCAAGCUCUUUUUGUUGUGAUUGAACAGCUGAUGCAUUUGGCUAGUCUCUGCAGUAUCCUUCAGUUCCCAACACACUGGUUUCUAUUUUCGUCCCACUCCUUGAAACUGCCUUUCCCCUUCCCCCUCCCAAACAAUUGGCCCAGUUUACUGGGCACCUUAUAAUUUUAUCUGCAUGAUCUAAUUUUUUGUCCUCUGCUUUUUCUUCCUGUGCUGUAUGCAGAGCCAAAUAGACAAUAUCUUGGGUUUAACUAUAAAUUUUUAAUAGUGAGAUCUUAAAUAGGCAUUGGACUUGGAGCAGUUAUGGUGCAUUAAACAUCCUUAAUGUGAAAGAGAGUUCCCCUGUUCCCGUUCACUUAGGAAAACUCACCGUGACUGGCAUAAGCAACCUCUGUUCAUGGCAUGCUUAUAUUGUAAGGCAAAAGUUCAGUGCAUAUUUAAUGAUAUAGUUAGGUCUAGUGGCUAUUCCUCAACCAUGGAGAGAAUUCUUUCCAAUCGCUGUGCUAAAAGUAUGUGGAACUAUUAUGGUGAAGUCAUACACCCUUUCUAAAAGAAAAUUUCCACAUGGCUUUGUUUUCCCAGUCAACUGAAAUGUAGUUAGGUCUGUAUUCAUAUUGCAUUUCUGUUUUGUUUUGAAGCAUUGAGCUAGUGCUGGGCAAUAUACUGGUUUAAACGGUAACCCAAUUUGAAUUACGCACAUCGUAUGAAUAUUUUAAAUACCGCCAUACAAGUGGCUAAGCAAUGUAAACAGUGUUGUGAAUUGAAGGAUCCCUGUUAACUGCAUACAUACACUUUCGACUAAUGGUUGGAAAACUUUUAGAACUAUUAAUAACAUACAACUAAUACUUUAACUGGGCAAAUAAAUUAAAUGUAAACGGCUGUUAACAGAAGCCAGAGAUGCUGAAGACUAACACAAGGAGGAGAAAAUACUGUAGCAGGCAGAGCUAACUCGUAAUCAUAAAUACUGAACUGGGGAUGGUGGCUUAUAUGAACUGACUGUCUUCAGAAAAAUUUAGAUGCCAUUUUUUUCAUUUUAUCUACAUAUAAUGUAUAUUAAUGUAUUAUUUAAAAUGUAUUAAUGUAUUAUUAAUGUAUUAUUUGUUUUGUUUAUAGUCGUAAUGAAGGAAACACUGUAUCACUGCUGUUCCAUAAGCUCCACCUGCUGUCAGAGAUUCUACGCAGAAACCAGAAGCGAUAUAAGGAAGCCUCCCUUUAAUUUUGAACGUCCACUCAGCUGAAAAUAUAAUGGUGUCAACAAGCCUACAAUGAAGGAUCCCCAAGCAGUCCGCGGAGGACAGAAGGUGAAGUAUGUUUACGAGGACACAUACAACCGCAAACUCAAUGGUGUGAGCCAGCACAAUGGCACAAGCCAAGUACCAGCUAAGCCCCAACCUGCAAUCUCCAAAGAGAGAAGCGUGGACAGCAAUAGUUCCGUCAAGUCGUCUGAGAGCUCAACAAAAGUCACAAAGCUGGCCAGCCCAAUGACCUCAGAACAAGCUCUCAAGCAGUACCGGCAGCAGCUGACUACCUUGGAGCAGCAGGAGAUCCACAACUAUCCUGAGAUCUAUUUCCUGGGACCAAAUGCCAAGAAGAGGCAGGCAGUAGCUGGGGGCACCAACAAUAGUGGAUAUGACGAUGACCAGGGAGGAUACAUCCAUGUACCUCAUGACCACCUUGCCUAUCGCUAUGAGUUCCUCAAGGUGAUUGGCAAAGGUAGUUUCGGACAAGUGGCAAAGGUUUACGACCACAAGUUACAGCAGCACCUCGCCUUGAAGAUGGUGCGCAAUGAGAAACGCUUCCAUCGGCAAGCUGCUGAGGAGAUCCGAAUUCUGGAGCAUCUGAAGAAGCAAGACAAGACAGGCAGCAUGAACGUAGUUCACAUGUUGGAGAAUUUCACCUUCCGCAAUCACAUAUGUAUGACUUUUGAGCUGCUUAGCAUGAAUCUGUACGAGCUCAUCAAACGCAACAAGUUCCAGGGUUUCAGUCUCCCGCUGGUACGCAAGUUUGCACACUCCAUUCUCCAAUGCUUGGAAGCACUCCACCGCCAUAAGAUCAUCCACUGUGACCUGAAACCAGAGAAUAUCUUACUGAAGCAGCAAGGCAGGAGUGGCAUCAAGGUCAUUGACUUCGGCUCCAGCUGUUUCGAUCACCAGCGUGUCUACACGUAUAUCCAAUCCCGCUUCUACCGUGCGCCCGAAGUCAUCUUAGGAUCACGAUAUGGAAUGCCUAUAGACAUGUGGAGCUUUGGUUGCAUUCUGGCAGAGCUACUUACCGGAUACCCUUUGUUUCCUGGUGAAGAUGAAGGUGACCAGCUGGCUUGCAUGAUGGAGCUACUAGGUAUGCCACCUCAGAAACUGCUGGAACAAGCCAAGCGUGCCAAGAACUUUAUCAGCUCUAAAGGCCACCCACGCUACUGCACGGUCAGCACACUUAGCAAUGGCACCGUAGUCCUCAACGGGAGCCGUUCUCGCCGAGGAAAAAUGCGAGGUCCCCCAGGAAGCAAGGAGUUUGGGGCAGCCCUCAAAGGCUGUGAUGACUCCACAUUUAUUGACUUUCUGAAGAAGUGUCUGGAUUGGGACCCUAGUACUCGAAUGACACCAGUUCAGGCCUUAAGACACCCCUGGCUCUACAAGAGACUCCCUAAGCCUGUACCUGGUGGUGAGAAGUCCAUGGUGCCCAAGCGGAUCACAGAGCACAGCACCUCUUUCCCUACUAUCAUCUCCAAGGUACCCCCCGUCACAGGCUCGACCAACAACAAACUGCGGACCACCAUGAUGGGGGACUCCACUGGAAGUAUACCUUUUCGCACAGUGCUGCCGAAGCUUGUUUCAUAGAGAUUCCUUAGCUUUUCAGGGAUAAAGACAUAUGUAGCAGUUUUAGAAGUUUUGGUUGGUUUUUCUAAACGAGUGUCAGAACUCCGUUUUUAAUGUAACAAGCAAAAACAAUUUUAUACAACUAUACUGUGUUUUAAUCAAAUGGCCUUCAGAGUGUAAAAUUCAAAGUUGACAUCAGGGCUGUUUUUUUACACCUUGGUCUUGAAUUGAGUGCUGUUGAUUGGAGUGGGUGAACUUAUGAUGCUGACUGCUCAUCCUGUCCUUUCUAAAGUUUACACUACUUCUGCUCAGACAAACGUACAGCUUAUUGCAUCUCUAAGGGCUUGUGUGUAUGACUCUUAGUAUACUUUUAAGGGCUCAAAGUGGAUUUUUGUAGUUUUAGGUUGAACAUCUAACUCUAAUCUUCAUUUAAAAAUCAUUUUUAAAUGUCUGUUUAGCCCAUGUUAUCAUCUUAUGUUACUUGCAUACCAGUGAGAGGUCAAGCUCUGAGCUAUUUCUGUCCACAACUGUUCAUUUUUUGUUAAAAGCUUUUGCUUUGGAUCAGUUACCCUAGAACAAGAUGAAGAAAGUUAUAUUUGUUUGUAAGUGGUAAAGUAAUGCAGGUCACAGUGCUGUUUUAUGGCCGUUCCCAUUCCUGGGAGGUAUUGGGAAAGAGGGACACAACUUAAGUGUCAUAGGAGUGUGUUUUUAUCAGUGCUGUUUUGAAAGAUAUUGGUCAGGUUUCACAUGAAGGCAACAGCCAGUAUCACGUGUUUGUCUGUACAUGGCGGUAUGUAUUUCCCUGAAGCUGCUGGUUGGGGGAAGGGAAUUGUUGGCAAUAUUUUCAACAACAGUGUGCUGUUUGCACAAAGUGAUGAUGGAUACCAAACAGCUAGUGUAAGGAUUCAUAAACAUAUUCAAAUUACUAGCUAACAAAAGGUAGAUGACAUGCAUCCUUCAGAAUUCUGUUUGUCCUAUGAACCUCUCCCUUGUCCAGUAGUUUCCAGUGUUUAGUUUUUAUUUUGCUUGCAACUACAGCAACUGUUCUUGUCAUUCAUACUGUGAGAAGAUAUGAAAAAACAGUAAAAUGACUAAAAAUAUAAUGCAGGGUCAUUCCCCUCCCCCAGAUCUCAGCAUCAGUAUAUAGAGUGGAUAAUUUCCAUUAAUUGUGUGGUCUGAAAUAUCUCUUCACAGUGACCUAUUUUGUUCCCUUUCAGUCUUAGAAUCUCAUUCUUUAUACAGUCGAGCACGCAGCACAUUCACCCACCCACAGUAGCACUGGUCCUUGUCCGCACUUAGAGUACUUGUCCAUGUGAACCCCCUAUUAGGACAAACAAUAUAUGCAUUUAAUAGUUCGGAAGGUAUGAUUUAAUGUAAGCAUGUUUUUUGACACUGCCUCACUCUUUCUAGCUGUGAAUUGAACACCUAAUGCUUAGAAGCUAACUGUUGCAAGGUAAGACACUAAUCUGCUAAAGGACUGUGAAAAUGAAUGGUGCUUAACACAUUGGCCCUGACAGGUGUAUGCAAAGCAUCUGUGUGCUACCUGGACCAAGUGGAUACCAGGCAAGUAGUUGUGAAAGUCCUCUUAAUUGGAAAAACAACAUUGUCUUUUCACACCUCUUUCUCAGGUUUUAACCAUCCUUUGGGAUUUAAUGGACAUUAAUAUAUGAUUCCACACACCUAGCUGAUGAUAUGGCACUCAGUAAAGCUAGGUUUCAGAAAAACGUUAUAGCUUUAGAGACAUUGGUGCUCAAAUUAGACUAUAAACUUCAUAAUCAUUUUUGGGUUCAUUCGUGGUCUCCUGCAAAGUUUAAGCUGUUGUGUGUGCUGUUGAAAUACAUCAGGGAAAAGUGUCCAGGCAAAAGUGGAUUUAGUGUUGUUUUUCUACCUCUUUCUUGCCUAUGAAAUCCAUCUUGUAUGCUCUAGAGAGAUCUCUACCACACAGCAUCUCACUUCAGAUCUUUCUACUUCGCUUCUGCGUUCCCGCCUGUUUGCGUUAUUGUGAAUUUUUCACCAAAGCACCCGUUCUCUUAGUUGUCUCUUUGUAGUUUGUCUCAGUGCAUGGUCUCCUCGGUUUGGGGAGGAAUCUAGUCUUGUGCCUUUAACUGAACACACUUGACUAAAUCAACGCUAAGCACGGGGUGACUAAUGUUUUUCUUCCAGCUUUAAUGGUCAGGUUUUUGUAUUGCUUUUAUUUCACCCUUUUAUAGAGUUUUUACUGUUACUUGUGUUUUAAAGAGAAGUGAAAGAGAUAAUGAUGUAAUUUUUCUUCAGACAUUGUUGACUGUUGGCCAUGUGGUUUGCAUGAUAAUCACAGAAUGCAUGAAAAUAAGUGAAACAGGUGUAAAUGACAAGAUUUAAAUAAGGACAACGUGUGUGUAAGUAACCAAAUGAGCUUGUAUUAGUUUCUUUUAUAAAAAAAAAAAAGAAAGAAAUAAAAUUGUUAUUACCAGUC